AGCUUUAAAACAGAGACUCUGCUCCUCCUCGGUCGACGAACCAGCCCUGUCGCCGAUCCCCAGUCCGAGUCGACUCACCUGUCCUUUUCUUCACUCGCUCUGUGAGUUCGGGCUCCGAGUCGGGACCCAUCUGGUCCGAUCGAUGAGGCUUAUAUCCCGCUGCUCCAUCCGAUCCAACGCUCAGAUCCGCUUCCAAUGUCCUCCAAUUCCGCCGCCGACGGCACCCGUCCUCUCCGCCUCCCGCCGCCCUGCUCCCACCUCGCCGCCUACCGCUCAUGCGGCGGCGCCGCCGGGGGUGGUGGCCUCCGCUCCCUCCACCGCUGCCUCCGCCGCCGCCCGCCCCUUGGACGCCCGGAGGUCCACCGCGAGCCCGGGGAGGUCCCCCGCUGCGCCUCCUGCCGCCGCGGGGGCCCCCGGCUCUACGCCUGCCUCGCCUGCGCUGCCGUUUCCUGCCUUCACCACGCCCCGGACCACGCCUCCGCCCCCGGUCACGAGAUCGCCGUCGACGUCGAUCGAGCCGAGCUCUUCUGCGCGGCGUGUCUUGAUCAGGUGUACGACCACGAUUUCGACGCCGCCGUCGUGAUCGCGCUCACCAUGCCCGCCGCUUCCCGCCCUCCGCCGCCGCAGCCAGGGAGCCGGGCGAAGCGGCCCCGGAGGGUGGAGUACCGGCCGUGGGCGCCGGAUGCGCCCGAGCGGGCCGUGAUCGGGCGGAGAUCAAGCUCGUUGAUCGUCCGCGAGGGCAAUGCCUCCUCUUCAUCUACCAUCACCACUGCGAAUUCGACGGCGGCCGCCGCCGCCGCCACCUCCUGCGCCACGUCUUCCGCUCCGUUGCCAUGGGGUUUGAGGGGUUUGAACAACCUCGGCAACACCUGCUUCAUGAACUCUGUUCUCCAGGCCCUGCUCCACACGCCGUUGCUAAGGAACUAUUUCUUGAGCGACCGACACAACCGCAUGGUUUGCCAACAGAAGAGCAGAAAGAAGGCUUACAGCAAAGAGAGAAGCAAUGCCCGAGACGCGACGGUGGGAUUGCAAUUUUGUCUGGCCUGUGAUUUAGACGCGAUGUACUCGGCUGUCUUCUCUGGCGAUCGGAAGCCUUACAGCCCUGCCAAAUUCCUUUACAGUUGGUGGCGAUAUGCAUCAAACCUUGCAAAUUACCAACAACACGAUGCACAUGAAUUUUUUAUUUGCAUGCUUGAUGGAAUCCAUGAAAAAGAGCAGGAUCCAGGCAAACGUCCCAGUCAUGUAAGCAGUGGAGAAUGUUGCAUUGCUCAUAGGGUGUUUUCUGGUACCUUGAGAUCCGAUGUCACUUGCACCAUGUGUGGGUUCACAUCUACAACAUAUGACCCUUGUGUGGACAUCUCCUUGGACUUGGAUUCUAAGCAGGAUCCUACGAAGGUGACAGGCUCAAAGCUUCACAUGAAUGGUGGCGAAGCCAAUUCGAUGUUUGCAAGCCAAACAUGUGGAACUUCUACCCUUAUGGAGUGUCUGGAACGAUUCACCAGGCCUGAAAAAUUGGGCGCUGAUCAGAAGCUCUUCUGCCAACAUUGUCAAGUUAGGCAGGAAUCCCUCAAACAGAUGUCUAUAAGAAAGAUCCCACUGGUAACUUGCUUUCACAUCAAGCGGUUUGAGCAUUCAUCAAUGAGAAAAAUGUCACGGAAGGUUGAUCAAUAUCUGCACUUUCCAUUUUCCCUGGACUUGGCCCCAUACCUCUCAUCCUCCAUCCUCAGGGCUAGAUACGGCAAUCGGGUGUUUGCUUCAAGUGGUGAUGAUUCAGACACUUCAAUUGAGUCGAUAUCAAACUUGGAAUUAUUUGCAGUGGUUACACAUAGUGGUAAAUUAGAUGCUGGCCAUUAUCUAACAUAUUUACGACUCAAUAGUCAGUGGUACAGAUGCGAUGAUGCAUGGAUCACUUGUGUCAGCGAAAGGGUGGUGAGAGCUUCACAGGCAUAUAUGCUGUUCUAUGUACAGAAAAUUCUUUACUACAAAGCAAGCGAGAACGUGGUCGUCUCUUGAAUUGUUCAUCUGACCUUGUCAAUAACAAGGUCCGGUCCCGGUAACAGAAAGUUGAAGAUCCAAACAGUGGAGUGCUGAUUUACCAUGAACUCUUGCUCCAAAGAGUUUUAGAGGCAACCUUCAUACAUGUUGAACAAAUUGGUUCAUCUGACAUAUUUUUUGACCCAAUGAGUUGUCAAUUUUUGGUACAACUUAACAGUCCAAUAGCUGUGUAAUUUGUUCAGAAGCCUGUAAACUCACUUUUAAUAUUAAAGCAAACCUUUUUGAGGCUGUCCUCUCAGCAACUAGAA